UUAGACUCUCAUCUCCUUUCAAAAACCUGUAAACUGAUUGCUUGAAUGCUACCCAAAGAAUGAUCUUUUGUGAACCAACCAGGCCUAACUGAGUGUGUUGCUGUGAUUAUAAAUAGUGUCAGUAUUUAGUAUGUCAAAAAGAAAAGAGGAUCUUUCUGAGGGAUCACUGCCCGUAAAGAGAAUCAAAACUGAAGACACAAAGGACUAUGAAGCAGAAGAAGUCAAAACGACCAAAGGGAAAACUGUGACAACUAAUGGACAAAGUGGAGACAGUCUACCUCCAAAUUCUCACUUGAAUGAAGGUGAUGUAGGAAUAAUUGAAAGUAUUUCUUUGAAAAACUUCAUGUGUCACGCUUGUCUUGGACCUUUUAAGUUUGGACCCAAUGUCAAUUUUGUGGUUGGAAACAAUGGAAGUGGGAAGAGUGCUGUAUUGACUGCUCUUAUUGUAGGCCUUGGUGGAAAAGCUACUGCCACUAACAGAGGAUAUUCUAUAAAGGGAUUUGUGAAAGAUGGUCAAAAUUCUGCAGAUAUUUCCAUAACAUUGAGAAACAGAGGGCCUGAUGCUUUUAAACCUGAUAAAUAUGGAGAGGCUGUUAUUGUGGAACAGCGUAUUUCUGGAGAUGGAAUAAGACAGUACAGAUUGAAAAGUCAAUCAGGGCACAUAGUUUCUACGAAGAAGGAAGAACUCAAUACAAUAUUAGACCAAUUCAAUAUCCAGGUGGAUAACCCAGUGUCAAUUUUAACACAGGAGAUGAGCAAACACUUUCUGCAAUCCAAAAGUGAAGCAGAUAAGUACAAGUUUUUUAUGAAGGCUACUCAGCUGGAACAAAUGCGAGAUGAUUACUCCUAUAUCAUGCAGACGAAGGCGCUAACAAAUGAGAAAAUUGAAAAACAGGAUGAAAACCUAUCGGAGCUAAAGGAUCAAGUUAAGCAAAAGGAAGACCGUUAUAAAAGCCUUUCUUCAUUGAAUGAGCUGCAGGACAAGCUGGAGCAACUUAGGAAUCAGAUGGCCUGGGCAUUGGUAAUUGAAAUUGAAAAGCACCUGCAACCGAUAAAAGAUCGUAUCAAAGUUGAGGAAAGUCGCAGUGUCAAGUAUGAUCACAAAGUAGAGGAAUGGCAGAUGAAAGUCAAUGAGGCAGAAGAGCAUUUUAAGACAAUUCAGAAUCAGUUACAGAAAAUUACAGAAGAGGCCCAAGCAUUGCGACCACAGUGUUCGACUUUAAAAGAUGAUGUACAAAGAAAAAACAAAGCAUGCAAAGAGACAGAGGCAACCUUUCACCGCUACAGGACACAGUUGAAACAACUUGAGAAAGACCACGAUCAGUUACAGAAACGAAUUGAACAACUGCGAAAUAGUAUAAACCAAAGUUCAGAGGCUGAACUUCGAGAACGACAGGAAAGAAUUAGUUGUCUGCAAAAACAACUGAAAGCACUGGAGGACCAAGAGGCCACAACCUCCCAACAACUGGCACAGUUUCAACAUGCAAUUAGCAAGUCUAGGGAUGAACAGGAGAAGCUUGGAGAAGAAGAAAAAGAUGUGAAACAAUCUGCUGAAUCCAGGAAGGAGCGGCUCAAAGAACUAAAAGCCAGUAGAACAAACCAACUGAAAAGGUUUGGAGAGAACAUGCCUGCAUUGCUUGAUGCAAUAGCGGAAGCACAUAAACAGGGCCGCUUCAGGCACAAACCAAUUGGCCCUUUAGGUGCUUGCUUCAAGUUGAAAUAUCCUGAAUUGGCUUUGGCGGUUGAAAGUUGUUUGAAAGGACUACUGCUUUCAUUUUGCUGUGAUAAUUACAGAGAUGAGCAGAUGCUGCAGAGUUUGAUGUCACGCUAUUUCACUUCAGGAAGACGACCCCAAAUUAAUGUGUGUGAGUUUGCAAAUCAAGUGUACAAUGUAAAGGGCAGAGCUGUUCAUCAUCCAGAUUUCCCAACAGUUCUUGAUGCCUUGGAAAUAAGUAAUCCAGUGGUGGCAAACUGUCUAAUUGACAUGAGAGGUGUGGAAAGAAUCCUGUUAAUCAGUAGUAACAGCAGAGCUCGUGAAAUUAUGCAGCAGCAAAGACCACCUGCAAACUGCAGAGAAGCCUUUACUGCAGCAGGUGACCAGGUCUUUCCCAACCGCUACUACUCUUCAGAAACAGACAGGGCAAGAUAUUUGGGUGGUGAUGUGGAAUCAGAAAUCAGUCAGCUGGAAAUGGAAGUGAGCAACAAAAUGGCCAAGUUGUCACAUUUUCAGCAACGAUUGCAGUCAAUAGUAGAAGAAAUUCGGACUAAUGAGACUCAGAUGAAAAUGAAACAAAUGCAAAAGAGGAAAAUCCAGGAAAAUAUGACAAAGAUAAAGCUAGAAAUUUCAGAUUUGGAGAAUGUGGAUGAGCCACAGUCUGUGGACAUCUCCACAUUGGAAGAAGAAGUGCAAGAUAUCUGGCACAGAAUUGUGUCUGACAGGAAUAAGCUAGAAGAGGCCAGAAAAGAUAUGGAUGAACACCGAAAGAUAGUGAAUGAGGCUGAACAAAGGUACAAAGAAGUGAAGGAAAAGAUCAAUUUAAUAGCUGAAGGAGCUGAUCCAAUUAAGGAUGAGCUAAAUAAGAUCGAUACAGAAGUUGGAAAAUGUAAACAUCAUAAAAGGCAUUAUGAAGAGAAAAGAAAGGAGCACUUGGAAGGAAUAGAUAAGUUAAAAGAGAGCCUGGAAAGUAAAGAAAAGGUUUUGGAGGAAAAUAUUGCUAAAGCCAAACAAAUUUAUGCAGAGCGAUUGGAGGUCGCCAGAACUCCCAAAAGUAUUGAUGUGGAAAUCAAUCGACUGAGAGAAAGGAUCAGCACAGAACAAGAGCGCCAUGGGAGCAAGGAAGAAAUUACAAGGCAGUACUUUGAUGUUUUGGAAACAUACAAGAAUGUCAAAAGCCAGGUCAAAAACCUGAAGAAGUUCAUGCAGUUGCUUGAUAAAAUAAUGGAGGAAAGGCAUAAGGCAUAUAAAAUAUUCAGGAGAUACAUUUCUCUUCGCUGCAAGUAUUAUUUUGAUUCAAUGCUCUCCCAGCGAGGUUACCAUGGGAAAAUGAGUUUCGAUCAUAAGAAUGCAACACUUUCAAUUGCUGUUCAGCCCGGAGAGGGAGACAAGGCAGCGCUCAGUGAUAUGAGAUCCCUUUCUGGUGGUGAACGUUCAUUCUCGACUGUGUGUUUUAUCCUUUCGCUAUGGGAUACCAUGGAGUCUCCUUUUCGUUGUUUGGAUGAGUUUGAUGUUUAUAUGGAUAUGGUUAAUAGAAGAAUUUCUAUGGACAUGAUGCUCAAAGUGGCAAGUUCCCAGCGUUAUCGCCAGUUUAUCUUUCUUACACCACAAAACAUGAGUUCUUUGCCUUCGAGUCGCUUAAUUAGAAUCCUUCGCAUGCAUGAUCCUGAAAGAGGACAGACCACACUACCUUUCCGUGCACGAGAUCAAGCUGAAGACUCUGAUGAUUAAAGGGCUAUUACAUGUAUUAUAAAUAGAACUCUGGUUUUUAUGUGAAAGAACAUUUAUUGAAAAGAGAUUUACAUUGUGUACUAAACUGGUACAUGGUGAAAGAAUUUCACAUUGAAACGUGGCCAACUACUGUUUAUUUCAGAUAGUAGCCCAGUUUUAUUUUAACCAUUAUGUUCUGUUUGUAGCACCUUUUAAUUUAUUGUAUAUUCGUGACCUGUAUAUUAGUUCAUGAAAGCCAUAUCCAUGACAUGUUAUAACUGCAUUGAACACCGUUUUAUCGGCUUUUUUUUACAUUGACUACCUGAAGUGAAAGGUUGAGUAAGCUUUGUAAUCUUUUGUCUAAACAGAUAAACUAAUGUCUUUAAGGUCAAACCUAGUGAAAAUAUAACAUUUUGUAAGUUUCGACUUUUCAAUAUUAAAUGUAUAAUCAAAUAUCAUUAUAAUUUUUAAAGUUUUAACUUCUGUGCAUUGAUUGCAAAAUGUGAGAAUGUUAAGCUGAAAGUUGUAAAUUAUUGAUGAAUAAAUCUUUUGCAAUGACCUUUUAAUUCUCUAUAGUUCACAAAAUAUUUAUGGGAGAAGUUUGAAAACUUGGUGCUUUUAUAGUCCUUCUGUGUUUUUUUUUAAAUGACAGUCUGGAGGCAAUGUGUGGAACUUGCUUUUGUUGGAACGUUUGCAAAUUUGCACUUCUGUUUGAAAAAGGGACAAGGAAUAAACCCCGGAAUAGCUCGCCAAUUAGCUCAACAUUAUUGGUGAGGAAAGUUGUUGACAGUGAUCUGGGAGAAAAUAAAUUGGCAUUUGCAAACAUAUCAGCUAAUAGAUUGAAAAUCACACAAAAGAAUGCUAUUGACAGAUCAUCUUUGAUUAUCUUGAUCAAAUUAAUUAAGUAAUUGAGAUGAUGAAUACGGUUGAUAUUCUUUUACAAGCCGCAGCAUCACAUAAUGUAUUUGAAAUUAAAGCCUGCAGAGUCAGGGGCAGGACAGAGAUAAAGUGACUUAAGGGACUGAAAGCAAAGAGUUGUGGUGAACAGAAGUUUUUUUUAGACUGGAAGUGGAUAUGCAGCAUUGAUUUCCCCAUAGAUCCAUUUUAGAGACAUUGCUGUUUCUGAUGUAUAUCAAUGAUGUGAAAGUUGUGGAUUGCACAUGUACAGUGAAGGUGUACAGGUUACGGGGGACAUUAGACAGACUGCUGAAACAGACAGGCAAGUGGAUGAAAUUUAACAAUUGUUUAAAGAAAGAGUUUCAAAGGAGAAAUUAAAGGCAAUAUGAACUAAAUAGAUUAAUUAACAGGGACAGCAGAAGUAGAGACCUGAGGCUAUGUGUACACAAGUCUUUGAGGGUGCUAGGACCAGAUGAAAAGACUGUUUACAUAAAGAGGUAAAUGAGAUCCUUGGUUCUGUUAAUAAAGAAAUGGAUUGAAAAGCGAAAUAAAUUAUGCAAAACCUUUCCCAGAUAUUAGUUAGGUUAUAGCUGGAGCACUGUGUUCAAUUCUGAGCACUACACUUCUGAACGGAUAUCGAAGUUUUCAAGACAAUGCCGAUGAGCCUUGUAAGAAUGUACCAGCAUAAUCACAAAACUGAAAUGAACAGAAAAAAAGUUAAAAUAAAACCAAGAACUGCACGUUAGAAAUUUGAAGCAAUAACAGAAAUUGCUGGAGAAACUCAGUAGGCCUGACAACGUCUGUGGAGAUAAAAUGGUUAAUGUUUUGAGUCCAAUGGACUUGAAAUGUUAUCUCUGCUUUCUCCUCACAUCCUGCCUGGAAAAUUAGUUAUUGUUGUAAUAGGGAAGGUUGUGAGAAAAUUUCAGAAGUAUGCAAAAUCAUGAACAGCUUUGAUGAGGAGAAACUUAUAAGGCAAUAGAGUUGCUAACCAUAUUAGUUAGAUUUCAGGAUUUUGGCAGAAGAACUGGGGGUAACAUUAUGAAAUAAGUAAUUGUCUUGCCUGAAAGUGUAGUGAAAGCAAAUUCAGAAGAAUUAUUUAAAACACAAUGGGAUAGGUACUUCAAGGAAAAAUAUUUACAGGCAAUGGAAAAGGGGUAUCUGUAUGUAGGAGUGAGGAAAAAGCAAAGAGCUAGUGUGAUGGGCUGAUUGGUCUGAAAUGUAUCAACCCUAAUGAACUGUUGUUCCUUCUGUACUCUUUUCAUUCUAUGAAUCAAACAUCACAAAGUUUUGCUUGAGUGACGUAAGGUUGUGUGAGUUGGACUCAUUUACAAAAUUUAGUUUUUGUUACAACUUGACGC